ACUUUGUAAAGGUUUUAGCAAUGGACCAGAAAUUGAAAAUUGUGAUCCCAAAGCAAAAUUUCCUAGAAAUGAGACAAAACUGGAAAAUGUAAUGAAAUCAAGGAUAUAUAACAGCAUCCAAUCUACAGGGAACAUGCCUGCCAAGGAUGAAGCCAUAAGUGAUUAUGAAACAGAUCAAGGGAGUUCACAGGAGUCUUUAUCAGCUGACAUAACUACCCCCACCCUCACCCCUGUUAGCCCUGUUGUUGCUGGGACUCCUAAGACUGCCAGUGAGUGGCUUAAACAAGUUCAACAAAACUCCCCUCAUAGGAGUGAAGUGGAGAAGUCUCCAGAAGGGAGGAGUGUUUAUCUGAAUGUAUGUGAUUCUGCCAAAAAGAAAAGAAAAUUUUCCAGGUCUGGUUUGGCACAGCAUUUGCAGCAUAUCAUUUCUCGAGAAAGUUCAGAGAAGGCAUUCUGGAAUCACAGAUUAACAGAAUUAGAACAGAGCCAGAGAACUAAUUCCUCUCAAAUGGAUAGAUGUUUAGUUGUCCAGAUCAUGUCUGACCGGCUUCAGGGCUCAAUUCAUCUGACACAGUGUUUGUUGUGCAGUGAUGAAAUAAGUCUCCCACAGAAGUUUCUGUUUGUCCUAUUCCCAUGUGAUACUUGGAAACAGUUUGCCUUGAUUGUUGGAGCUACUGUUAACAUUUAUCCUCCGUGGCAGAGAUUGGAUAUAACAGAGUGUCCAUGGCCUGUUCUACUUGGUACAUACUUCUGCAAGCAACACUCUGUACCCACACAACAGUUGCAUGCUAAGAGUUUCAAGUCACUCAAAGGUGGCUUAUGUAUUCCACUUAUCUGUGAAUCAACUUCAUUGCAUCUUCAUCAAUCACCGAAAAAAAAUUUCACACCUUUAAAGUUACUGUUUGACGAUAUUCAUGGUGAAAAUACCAAACAGAAUACAACAGCAGUGUCAAAAUUAUAUACUGCCCAGCUUGCACAACCAAUCAGGUCAGAAAGCAAAAGAGGAAGCAAAGUGGACACAUCAAUACUUAAUGCAGUAGAAUCCAGUGGAGGCUGCAGUGGAGUGCUUGCCACUUUUCAGUGUUUGGUUCAGAGAGUGUAUUGCAUGAAAGCCCAGCUCACAAAGGAAAACAAAGAAACAUGGAGCUUCUCCUUGUUGAAUCAACAACUACGAUCACAGGCCCAAUCAAUGAAAGAGAUUGCUGAUAAAGAAUUAUGCUGGAAUCUCCUAGUCCAAGACGUUCACGGAAUGUUUGCUGAAGUACAAGUUCCUCCACGCUUUCAAGACUCCACUGACUGGAAGUCUUGCAUCACUAACGGAGAAAACCAAGUAUUUAUCUUUUCAAAUAUGAAAGUACGAAAGAGAACCAACAGAACAAGAUCACCUGGACUUUUCAGUGUUAUACAGUCACUAUGGUAUUCAAAUGAUGACAACACAGCUAAGCAAGUGGAUAAAAGCAGACAGACUGUGACCCGGGAGAGUAAGAGUCAAGAAACCCUCUCCAACUGUGCGCCAGACUUCUGUUACGUAUUAACAGUCCAAGAAUCAAGUCGAGCAAUGCUCUGCCAGGAGACGGAUGAUUGUGGUGACAGUAGGAGGACACUGGGUUCGCUCUACAAACCUCAGGCUGUCAAGGCAUUAAAGGAUUUCCUUCAGGUUCCAGACACAGUCAAUGAACCACAACGAGUCAGCACAUUAUGCAAGCUGUUGCAUUGCCGUUCAACUGGAUCAUUCACUACGGAUAGCAACGAUCAUUCUUUUUCUUUCGAGUUGUUUGUUACUGACGCCUCCUUGCAAUACGUAACAAAGUCUGUGGGGAGCUUUGACGGAUUCCUUCCAUAUCUGAAAAUUACAGGAAAAAGUUCCCAGGUGUUGCCUUCAGAACUGAGAACUGUGCCCACGAGUUGUGGAAUGAACCUUUCUGCCAAGCAUUUGCUUUUGAAAGCUCAAGAAUCCCACCAGCUAUUUGCUGAUUCGUAUUCUGUGAUCAGAAAAGUUGUUCCUCAUUCCACUGCGGGGGUCAAAAGCUCGUUCUAUGUAGAGUGUAUACCGGAGGAGGUUCUGGACAGUCUUUAUACCUUGAAACCAGUUUGUCUCCCUGACCUAACAGUUCAUUCCUUGCUCGGUUUCAUUUUUCGCGUGGAAGGUGUUGUCAUCGGUGUGGACGAAGAAACAGCUUGUUGUUGGUUGGUCUGUGAUACUUGUGGAAAUCCGGAUAUCAAAGUUAAACGUGAAUCUAAUUCGCAGUUUUCCUGUUCAUCUUGUAACUGUACCGUGGAAUCGCCUCAAACCAGAACAUACCUUGCAGUGUUUGUUAAAGUCAAGCGUGCUAAAGAUGCUCAAGUCAAAAUAAAGCUCAAACAGAGUACAAUUGAUAAACUGUUACCAGUGUCCUAUCAAAACAGUGAUCAGGGAUAUGAUGUUGAUACUAUAUUAGGCAAACAGCUUGGACCAAUGAAUUGUUACGUCACAGAUCUUUCCAAACAACAACAUGGCAGCCUUGCAAAGGACAGCUUUACUUUGGAAGAGAUACAGAUCCAGUAACUCAAACUGAGGGAGCAUAAGGGACAUCAUGAAUAUUACAGUCAAUACCUUACAUCAAAAACUUCACAUCCUCAAUGAACAAGGACAAAGAUUGCUUCAACGCGGUAACACCAUGAGGAAGAUCAAGCAGAGCAACAUAUGUUUGCAGAAACACGUCAUUCUCAUUGCACCACUUGGAAUCGUUGGCUGUGUGAUUCUGUCUCCGUUUCUUCUCUUCUCGUUUUUUGUUAUGGCUCCUUCAGUGUUACUUUUCUGUUCUGCAAUAGCGCUCCUGGUGAUGUCGUUCUCAUUAUUUUUCGGAUUUCUUCUCAAUUGUUGUUUAGUAAUGUUUGUAUUUGUAUCGUCAUGUCAUAUAUUAUACCACAUCUGCUUCUACACCAUUUGCCGUAUCCAAACUUAUUAUAAGUACAUACAGUCCUCACCGUCUUCUGUGUACCAAUACCUUAGAGCACGAAUGUGCGAGGUUUUAUUGCAGCUCGUAGAUAUUUUGUCUGACGACAUACCACAGCAAAGAAUUGAUGGUAGAAAAUGCGUGGGAUCUUGUGACUCGAGCGAGCUGGAAGAUAUUGAGCCAGAUUACAGAGACAGAGAAACCAAACUGUACGAGGCUUUGGUGAACAGUCCUCAGAAAACUGGCAAGGACACCUUUGAACCUUUCCCUUAUUAAAACUGGUAUACACAUGAAAAAAAAUUAUUAUACAAUCUAUUUUGACCAAUGAAUUCUUAAGAAUAAUUAUUUAACGUCGAGCCCUAGGACCAAGAACCUUUCAAAUGUAUAAAGAAAAUGAGUCGAGUUAGUGGUUUUUUUCCAGUUCAAGGAUUUAUUUUGUGUUGGUGUUAAAGUGUCAUUGUUUGAUAUGCAAGUUGAGACAAAGAUUGUUGAAAAGACAACUGUUCGAAGCUA